GAGAGAGACACAGAGAGAGAGGGGGGAGAGGGGGAGAGAGAGAGAGACCCAGCGAGAGAGAGGGAGAGAGAGAGAGAGACCCAGAGAGAGAGAGGGGGAGAGAGAGAGAGCAAGAGAGAGAGAGAGAUGAGGGUUUGUCAGACGCCGCUGUAUUCAGCUCGAAGCCGUUUCUUUUCGCUCUGCUGCUUAAUUAAAUACAAACAGAACCUCCGUCGCUUUUGUGACAAAAACUGAGGACUGUUUUCUCUUGUGUAUGGUUUUGUGUUCUCAUCCCCUCUGUAUUCUGUACACUACCUGGGAAUGUCUUUACUAAGGAUGAGGAGGAUGAACAGUUUGCUUCUUUAUUUCUCGGCGCUGUAAUGGAUGCUGAAUGCUUUAAUGGAGAAUCCAUGAGUGUCUAGAGAAGGAGGCCGACAGCGAGGACUUAAACUGGAAUUGCGUUCUUCUUGGCCCUUGCUUCAUUCUAAUGCACUUUUACAGCCUGGGUUGGUGUUAAGAAGGGAUGAGCAUGAGACAGAAGCCUCCUGUUCAAGAUUGUUCCAAAUGACGAAAGCGAGCUUUCUUGUUCUAACAUGCCCAGAAUGACUUCCUGACUCUGCUUAGUAGUGAGACACACUACUGCGAGACACUGUGCGCUGGAUGAAGACGCUGAUCAGGACUGUGCCGGGCAGAUAAGACGUCUGCUAAGUGAUUGAGUUAUGACUUCUCCUUUGCAGCUUCAGCAAUUUAGAUUCUCUGAAGCUACUCAGCAGUCAUCCCAGACUAAGAGAGGAGGAUAGUGAGGAGAGAAGAUUUAAAGGAAAAGCAGUAGACCAAGGGAUAGAGCAGACAAGUGCACCAUGCAGUCAGACGACCUCUUUAUCCGCAAAUUCCGCCGACAGAGCCCACGCCCAAACCCGGUUUUUGAGCCCAAGCGGGUGGCGGUGGCUGAAUGGCCGCCCAGGAGGGAGGGUGAGGGAGCAGAGGGUGAGAGUGUGACAACACCUAGUAGGGUAGGGCUUAAUCAGCGUGCAGUUGCUCGUGGCCACAUCAUGCAGCGCAGCAACAGCGAUGUCACUCUGGGAGAUCUGGAGUCAGCAGCAAAGGCAGGAGCAAAAGCAGUCAGGUCAUCAAGCGAAAAGACCGGGCAGGUGGGACAGGGCGAGUCUAGUAUAGUCCUCCACCGGGAAUAUGGAAGUCUCUCCUCCUUAGAAAAGCAGACCCAACCUCCAGAGCACUGCACUGAGGAACAGACCAUUCUCAGUCCCAGUGCUCUUCGCUUUAAAGAUCCGUUCUUGCUGCUUGGGCUUCAGGAGAGACUCCCAGAGCCAGAUGGCUUUUUCCGUGCCAUGGAAUACCCGAAAUCGGCCAAGUCCUCCAAACCUGAUGCUCUAAACAAGAAAUCAAAGCCAUCACCCCUUCAGGUCACUUCCACACCAUGCGAUCAGACAUUAGGAGGUGCAUGGGUGCGCAACUUUGCUCAUUAUGAUGUGCAGAGCAUCCUGUUCGAUUUGGGUGAGGCGGCCACUAGCCGAGACAGUGUUGGCCGCAAGAAGAACAUCACCUCAGGGGCAUCGGCUGCCUCACAGCUCCGGCCUCUUUCCCAGGCCCCUCCUGCCUCACCAUCUCCAAGUUUGUCCAGUGGGAUGGUAGGUACAACUAGCACAGAGGAGCCAGAACUGGGCCUGAUGGACGAAGGAGACGGCAAUCACAAUGAUUUGCUGCUCAGCUGCCCGCACUUUAGAAACGAAACGGGAGGGGAGGAGAGGGCUGGACUGGGGAGAACCCAGUGUUCUAGCGGGAGAUGGAGGAGUCUUCGGAGCCCCAAUGAUGCUGUGUCUGUAUUAGAGGAACCCCGAGAAAGCCAUGUGCAGCAGCAGGGAAAGAGCAACUACUUCAUCGAGCAUGCAGACCUGGGGGCACGAUACUACCACAAGUACUUCUACAUGAAAGACCAUCAGAAUUUCUUCGGCAUGGACGAGCGACUAGGGCCGGUGGCCAUCAGUUUCCGCCGCGAAGAAAAAGACGGCUCCAGUGGUGCUCAGUAUACGUACAGGAUCAUAUUCAGGACCACAGAGCUUAAGACUCUUCGUGGCUCCAUUCUGGAAGAGUCUGUACCAUCUGCAGCACGACACACAACCCCAAGAGGGCUUUCUCCCAAGAGACUUCUGGAGUUCAUCCUCCCUGAUCUCAACUUGCACUGUCUGAGGCUUGCCUCUACAUCUCCCAAAGUUCGCGACACACUGCUCAAGCUGGACGAGCAAGGGUUGAAUUUCCAGCGUAAAGUAGGAGUGAUGUACUGCCGGGCGGGACAGAGUACAGAGGAAGACAUGUAUAAUAACGAGAGUGCUGGGUCGGCAUUUGACGAGUUCCUGGACCUGCUGGGAGAAAGAGUGAGACUGAAGGGCUGGGAGAAAUACAGAGCACAGCUCGACAACAGGACGGAUUCCACUGGGACACACUCUCUAUACACACGUUAUCAAGAUUAUGAGAUCAUGUUCCAUGUUUCCACCAUGCUCCCAUACACAGCCAACAACACUCAGCAGUUACUGAGGAAGAGACAUAUAGGGAACGAUAUUGUGACGAUAGUCUUCCAGGAGCCAGGAGCGAUGCCGUUCACCCCCAAAGCCAUUCGCUCUCACUUCCAGCACGUGUUUAUAAUCAUCCAAGUGCACGAGCCCUGCACGGAAAACACCUACUAUCGAGUUGCUGUUACUCGCUCCAAGGACAUCCCUCUUUUUGGCCCACUUUUCCCCAAAGGUGCUCGCUUUCCACGCUCGCAGGCUUUCCGUGACUUCCUGCUCGCCAAGGCCAUAAAUGCUGAAAAUGCGGCUGAGAAAUCAGAGAAGUUCCGCUCAAUGGCCACACGUACGCGUCAGGAAUACCUAAAGGACCUGGCAGAGAACUACGUCACCACUACAACUAUUGAUUCAUCCACCAAGUUUCCCAUGCUUUCACUGGGAGGCAAACGCAAAGACAAGCUCAAGGGUGCGAAAGGAGCAGAGCUUCACAGUGCCGGCGCUCUGGUAUGGGCCGUCUGUGCCAGCCAGGAUGAUGAAGGGCACAAACUGGCCUGUCUGCUGGGCAUCUCAGCCGAAUCUGUGGUGCUGAUUGAGCGCUGCAGCAAACAAGUCAUCUUUAAUUGCUCGUGCCGUGACGUGAUCGGGUGGAAGGCAGUGACCGAGACUGGCAUCAAGGGUGGGCCUUGUCUGGAUAUUUUCUACGAGAGGGGCGAGGCUAUCUCGAUUACAGUGCCAGAAAGCCAGAUGGAGGAUAUUAAAGAGGUGGUGCAGAGGCUUGAGCUGGUGACACGAGGUUGUGAAGCACGUGAAGUCACCCCUUUGAGGGACACCACGGGUCAGCCAGGCUUCCUGAUGAAUGCAGAAGGCUUCGUGACGGAGCUGCAGCGCUUCGGUUACGCCGAGAGUGGAGGCCUACAGAUGGACGCACGCGUGGUAAGACUCUGCGGCCACACGCUCGUCCACCUCAGCCAGGACGAGAGAACGAGGCUGCUGCGUACGGCACCUAAAAUUCACAUCACCGUCAUCCCACCUGACGAAAACGGCAAGCCACGCAGGAGCUUUUCGGAGCUCUACCAGAAGGCCAUCCAAGAUGCGGAAAGCAAGUCUGGCGAGGGCCACUCGGGCGAGGCCUGGGUCCUGGACGAGCGAGACGAAGAGGAGGAUGGAGGUGAAGAGGAGGGAAGAGAGGGGGAGCGGGAGCAAGGCGAAGGGGAGGAGUCGGACAGUGUGACCCAAUCAGAUAGGAGGGAAGAAGAGGAGGGUAGAACUCCAGGCAUGAGUGGCUUACUCUCUCCACCCAGCUUGCCUCUUCUCAGAGCAACAUCGCUGCAGGAGAAUCCUCCACCCCAGGCACUGGAAAUCACUCACUCCCCCCUCACACGCAGCUAUUCACUCGAGAGAACCCUGCCCUGUCAGGACAUCUAUGAUGGUCAUGUGUAUGAUAACGUUGGGGUGAAGGUGAACAGGCACAUCUACGAGAAUCCUGGAGAGCUGAGCGACGUGACCCCUGACCUCAUACUGGCUGUUAAACCAAAAGUUCCUCUCCAGGAAGAGGGACAGAUUGGAAUAGAUGUGGUGGGUGAGGAGAGACCAUCAGGGAGUGAGGCUCCUCUUCACUCAGCAAGUAUGGAAAGGAACUCCAGAGCAGAGAGGAACUCCAGAGCACUGAGCAUCCAUAACUCCAUCACCAAGAUUCUUUCAGAAACAACAGAUUCAUCAGAAGAGGAAUGGCAGUCUAUAUCUGACCUGGCCACAGCAUGCAGGAAUAUUCUAGAAGCCCUAUCACGAGAAGAUCGAAAGGCCGGUGAUGGCACUCAGGCAGGAGCCGACACAGUGACGCAGACAGACGCCAAGUUAAAGGAUAUUAAAGACAGUGACUCACCCAGUCACCUGGAGGAGAAGGUGUCCCAGUUGGAGGCCAUGCUGAAACGACUACAGGAUGACCUCCAAAAGGAGAAAGAGGACAAAGCCAUGCUGCAGGCAGAGGUGCAGAGUCUGAGACAGAACAACCAGCGGCUGCAGGAGGAGUCGCAGAGCACCGUGGCACGUCUCAUCAAAGUCACCGAGCUGCUGUGCAAUGUCAACAAACCCUGCUAGUAGAACAGGCCAGCGAGAUACACACAGACCCAUGAAGAUCAGCAACAAAUGCUAGCAAGACGCGAGCAAAGCAAUCCAGACCCAGAGCCCAUGCAUAGACUCAUAUAGACCACUGAGGAAUGACACAAACGUUAGCAAGACGUUAGCAAAUUAUUCGAGACAGAGCUGGAAGACCCAGACCUCAGACACUGAAUCAUAUCGACCACUGAGGAAUGACACAAACAUUAGCAAAUGUUACCACGCUAGCACAGCAAGUCAUCCAGUGCUACAUGAAGGACAGCCAUAGAUUCAAUCCCUGGAAGAUGCUGGCAUACUAGCAAUGAAGGCAAUCUAUAGGAAUGCACCAAAAGUUAACCAGCAGAGAAAGACCUCAUCUAGCCGUACUCACGUCACGUAUGUCUAAGCCGAUAUUAGGUGUAAAAACAAUCAAUGAGGCCUAGCAUCCUAGAUAGAUAAGCAUUGCUUUUUCAAAUUAUUUAGCUGCCUCUAUCAAUGUGGUGUACCACAUUAGCAGUACCGCAAACUAAAAAUCAUUACCAGUGCUAAUAUUACAGAAAUUAGUCUAUGCUUCUUUGCUAACUUGCAUUUUACAGAACCAAGAGCAAUACCUUGAGACAUUUUAUCAUCUCACAUUUUAUUAGGCCUUUCAGAUCUUGCUAAUAUCAAGAACAACCAGUCCGGUGUUGCUGAAAGUGAGACAGUAAUGGGCAAGACAGUAAGUCAUUGACGUUAUUGUUAGCCACGGCAGAGCACGAGCUUAACUGCAUGAUUCCUAUUUAACGAGGCCAAACCCCAGAGUGUUACCUUAGGCUAAAUUGCUGACAUUUCUAAUGCUGAAUAAAAGUUAGUGGUGUCCUGUUAGCGCGAUGAGCCAGUAGCUUUCAUUCAUUGUUAGAGAUGUUAGCAUUUUUGGAAUGGGGCUUAGACCUUUUUCUUUAUUUAUCCUUCUACAAAUUUUGAAAAAUCCAUAGGACAUUGAUGAAAAAUAGGUGUUAAAACAUGGCUAACAGAUUGCCUUCAGGGUUCCCCACCACCACCAGGUUAAUCUCCUAGCUCAAUACAAUACGCUAAUGUCACUCUCACUCUCAAGUAUUAGGAAGAUUCGUGCUCACUACUUUUGAAAAAUUUGGGGCAUUUUAUUGCGUGUGAUAUUUGAUUCGUGUGCGUCUGUGGUUAAUGUGACUAUUAGUUAUUUUGUAAGUCCCCAUUUUCAAACAACAAAUGGAAAAAGCGAUUGCAUCAACAAUCUCCGAACUGUGUAAUUAUUAUACAAGACCAAGGCAGUUUUAGAUAAGUUUCAGCACUGAGUUUGUGAUGCUUAAUUCAUGUACUAUACACACAGACAUCGCAGUAAUAAGGAAGACUGACUUUGGUGGCAUUUUUCAAAGCAGAAACUCAACCUGGCACCUUUUUCUACAUCAUCGACAAAUUCUGCAAACCUCAUAUUGAAGGACUGGCCUCUUUUUUUUCUAAUUUCAUGUAACGUGAUGACUAUUCAAACAGCUACUUGCAAAAAAAAAAAAAAAAAGAUGCAAACUGAGUAGGUGGAAAUGCUUUCUGUAGCUAGAAGGAAACGACUCCACCUGUUGGACAUGAAGGGAACUGCAUCACACCUUAACACUGGACCGCAAACAGAAACUUCGACUUGAAAUAGAUUGCAUUCCUGCAUCUGAUCAUAAGACUGAGCCAUUUUUUAAUGAUGAUGAACUUUGAUCACCUCACUGUAUUCAAAGACGUUUGUAAAAACCAGUGAAUCACUGGGUUGAACAAGUGACUGCUGGCUGAAGAAGGGAACACCUCCACUGCUGUGUGUGCUAAGAACUGGGACAUGUAUGUAUUAACGACUUAUUUGCAUCCACCUCUUACCUCGUGAAGAUCCAGUAAUGGUGACAUCACAGUGUGAUUUUAGAAUAAUGUGUGUGAAAUGUUGGCUCCAGAGAAAUCAGCUCACACUGUCAUUCUACCAGUAGGUAUCAGUUCAAAUCCAUCACAGCAAGUCACCUGGAAUAAACUUAAGUCACACACACACACAUAUAUAUAUACACACACAACCAGAACCUGGUCAAUAUUGCUGUAUGUUGUACAUAGUCUUUUAUCUUCCUCUUGUAAUUUUUGAUUUUAUUUUAGCGUCACUGUGAUAAGCCGGUACCAGCAGAUUCUCAUAUAUAAAGAUUAAAUUAUAUCUUUAUGUCUAUGUGAUGUACAGCCAAAAUGUUUCAGUGUUACUUCCCUCUGAAACGUUCAGCACUUAAGCAUCGUCAAACUAAAUCUGGCCAGUUUCAGUCAACUGUGAUCAGUGUAAUUUAAAAAAAAAAAAACACACACACACACACGCACACACACACACAACGGGUUUAAACUCCAUCCAUCUCAGUUGUGACUGAAAUUCUUUUCAGUAUCAUGACCAGUCGUUAAGGGUAUUGAUUUGUUUCUGCGUGAACAUGAACUCAAGUGUGCUCAGGCAUGUUUGAUGCAAGCAGUCUCUAGUGAUGCAUUGUGGGAAAUAUUUAGCCAAAUGUAAAUGUAAAAAAGAAUUUCCUGUUCUGUUACGUGUUGCAUAGUUUUAGAGAAUGUAAGGGGUCGUGAAGCACAGGAAUGCAUCAAGCAACUUCAACGUCCCCUUCUGUAUGUGUGUAUGUAAAAAAAAAAAUAGAAAGAGAUGUAAUAACUUAUUAUUAAUCUUGCAAAUGUGGAUUUUAUUGUUUGAUGUCUUUGAACUAGAGGUGACAGGAAGCUCAUUCUUGGACUACUGACUCGGCAGGUAUAAAGCUAUCUUUUUUUUUUUUUUUUAACUUAGUAGAGGUUUUAUUUUCUAAGAGCUCAAGCAUACAACAUGGUAUUUGGGUUUAAGUCCCAAUAACAGCUAUUAUAAACGGAAUUGGUCCCUCCAGGUUUUGUAUGCCACAAGGAUUUUGUAUGCCUUAACAGGAAAUCCUGAAGUGAUCGCACGGAAGGGAUAAUGAGACGCCAUGAAGGGUGAGAUUAGGUUUCGUGGCUUGCCGUGUAUGGAAUUGCAUAUUUUCCUGUUUCGAAUAGUCAAUACACAUACCUUGUCAUGUCUUCUUCCGCCAUUAGCACCUUCCUUCUUUUUAUUAUUUAAGACUUAUCCCCUGUACGUCAUUAAUGUUUUAACGCUCCCUUGUCAACAUUCCUACCACUUGGAAUUGUAUAUUAGUUACAAGUGGGGAAGAGUUAAAAGAAAAGUCCACCCUGAAACACAUUAACUGUGUUUUUAUUGAAAUGUUUGUGAUGUGAUUAGUGAGUCUGGUGCUAAAUCGUUGAUUGUUGAUGUUUACUCAUUAUUCCUGUGAGAAAUUAGUGGUUGUGUAUGUUGCUGAUGUCACAGCGAGCACAAUUAUAGUGGCUUUUCAUAGAAGAAAAAAAUUGAAGCUUUUCACUGUCGAGCUUAAAAAUAGAGCUAUUUUUCUGAGAUGUUCAAUGUUGGAUUAAUGAGAAAUCCAAGUCGAAGCUAUAAGACAGAGUUACAUCAGAGACUCGGCUCAGCUAGUUAGAGAUCUGCGAGAUGAUGAUGGCGGUAUUAGGAUUUUUGAGGAGGGGAGAGAGCUGAACAGACUAAAGGGCUAAAACGUUGCUGCAUCGCUCUCUAGGUAGAGAUGGAUUCACACUGGCACCACUAUCACUAAGGAAAGUGAAACUAAAAAGUGAAGCGUGUUGACGAAGGAAGGUUUAAAAAAAUUCAGACCACACGUUGAUUACAAAAACUGAUGUGCAAGUCUUUCAGGGUGGAUUUGACCUUUUAAAAAGAGUAUUUUGAAGUUUGUAAGUAACCUUGUCAUUUCUACAGCACAUUUCUUUCGCCAACGUAGAGUCUUAUUGGCUUCUUAACAAACUCGUGUCGUAACUAAAGACUCGAACAAACUUUACUUGAGAAAGCUCUUAAGAUGUUGACGGGGGAUCCAUAUUCAGAAUUUGCAAGGGGAUUUUCAGUUUUAAAAGCAAUUAUUUAAUGCACUUUAAGAGUCUACGUGUGCUUCUGCAUCCCUGACAUUUUUAGAUAAAAUGAUAGAGUCACAUAUUAGGUGUAAUUACGGGACCGCAAAAAAUGUGAACGCAUUACUUAUGUUAAAAAUGUCAAACGUCAAUUACUCCUUUGUUGAUCAAACCUGCACUUGCUUUUUAAUUUAAUUUAAUGUUUUUAUUUUACCUCAUUUUCUGAAGCUUUGUUUUCUAGCGUUUGAUUUGAUGUCAUUGUAAACUGCAUUGUAUAUGUCCAAUAACUCACAGAGCAAGACAUUUUAUUGUAGGCUGUAGAAACUUGAUGGAAAAGGCUUAGAAACCACAUGCAUCUACCCGUAUAAAACCCGUAAGCUAACACACUCACAUACUCACUCACAUCUGCACUAUGCAUACCGGCCUGUGGUCUGCACAGGGGUUUGUUAACAGGACCAAAGGCAGUGGAAUGUACAAAAAAACACAAAGUGGAGGUCAGUGGUUCAGCUGUGCAAGCCCUGUGUUUCUUUAACUCUGUUUGUGCGAUGGGCUAAAUGACUGAGUGUUGUUCAUCCAUGUGAACUGAAGGGAUACUGGCAAUAAAAAUAAAAAAAACUGAACAUUUAUCUGUAUAAAA